AUGGUGCCCGGGGCGGAGCCGCGCGGAUACGGUCUCACUGCUUCGGACAUGGAAGCCUCGCGCCUGGUGUUCGUGUCUGUGAAGGGCUCGCAGCAGAGGAGGAAGGCUGCUGUGCCAGUGCCAGAUGGCUACACAUGGGCACAGUUCUGUGAUCAGGUGAAGUUGAAGCUCAAAUUGAACAAUAUCAAAGCCAUAUAUCUGGCAUCGAGUGGUGAGAAGAUUGCAAGUCUGGAUGGACUGGAGGACAUCGAUGAUCUCUUUGUGGAGGAGGGCUUGGCAUCACCCACAAAUGGAAUGAACUCUACAUCGCCCCUGGCCACAGAAGCUGCCCUCAGAGAAGGAGAGACGUCAACAUCAGAAUUCCAGUAUGCUGCUUCAGCUGGUGCACAACAGCCCGUCACUGUGCACAGGGCCCAGGUAUGUUUGCACAUCCUAGUAUUGUUUGGAAAGAACAUGGUGCACACAACCAUGUUAUUCCACUGCUGGCAGGUGUUUGAAAGUUCAAUAUGGAUUUGA